CUUUUUUUGAAAGAGAACUAAUUAAUUAAUAUUAAUAAAAUCAUGGUCCAAAGAAGUUGAAAUACAAGUGGGAUAAUUAUCAAACCAAAUAUAACGACCAGACAUAGAAACAGCAGCUCUUGCAAAAUCAUGAGCUACUCGAUUCGCAAAUCGCCUCGGGUUUGAAAAAGAAAUUCUAGAAAAGUUAGAAGAAAUAUCUCUUAUGUCGUCAAUGAUGAGCCCCAAAGCCAAGCUGUCUGACCCAAUUAAUGUUUGUAAUAAUUUGAAGAGCGUCUGAUUCUGUCAAUAUAGUCCCAGCCAAUAUGCUUUAACCAUAUUUUUGCAUUUCUAGCCCAGGCCACCAAGUGCUCCAAAUGAGCAUAAUGAACAUGCAGCAGCUUUCUUUCUUCGUCUCUGGUAAGAAAAAAAUUCUCCACCCAUUCCAAAAAAUGUAUUGCUAACAGUAAUGGGGAUAUUCCAACGAACUGACCUCCAAAUCUGUAAUGUCUUCCGGCACGCCCCAAAAAUGUGCAGCAGCGUUUCAUUCUCUUGAGAGAAAAAAGGACAAAUUAAAUAGAUUGACACGCUACCCUUCGUACCAAAAUUUACGCCAUUGUUCCAUGGCGAUAUUUUGUACUUACGUGACGACGGAAUUUAGUGGCAAAUAAAUGUGUUCCGCCAUUGUUCGGUGGCGAUACUUGUUUGACACUAAAAUCCGUCAACUACUAUUGUCCCACUGAAGAGGAAAUGAACAAAAUAUGGGAGUUUUGAAUUUGACAGGCCAAAACACGGGAGCUAGCCAGGUUUAGGUACAACUCAAUUGAAUUACAAAAUUAAAUACAGUGAGUUGAAACUUAAGAAGUAAAGGAAUAAAUAAAUGGUCUGCGAUUAUACUGAGGAAUUAAUACAGAAAUUAAGACUAUUGAAUUACUACAUUAAAUACCAUGAGGCAUGAGACUUCUUAGUAUGAGCUUUAUUUAAGAUUCUAAGCUGAUAAAUAUAUAGGUCCAGUGCACAUGCAUGCAUGCAGAUUCAUUAUAAGUCACCUCACUCCCAUCGAUCUGGUCUGCCUUAAGCCCUUAACUGCUAGAUCAGAUCUGAUGGAAUAUAUGAUUCUGGCAUCGUCACUACUUAUCCUAUUAGUGACGUGGGCAUGCACAGCCACUGCCACCGCCACCGCUCCGGCCCCCGCCGUUGAGGAACUCCCCGUAGCCGAACAUUUUGAGCGGUGGAUGAUCCGCCAUGAACGUUCUUACAAAGAUGACCUUGAAAAGGCCAAAAGAUUCGAGAUCUUCAAGAAAAACAAAGAGUACGUCGAGUCUUUCAACAGAGCCGAAAACCGUUCUUACAGACUUGGAUUCAAUGCAUUUUCCGACAUGACCGACGAGGAGUUCACGGCGAAGUACUUCAAAAACUGCUCUAGAGGACCCGGACCCCAACGCCGCCGCCGUCAUGCCCCACCGGAGCCGCCGCUGUUUCAAGAAAAUGUGAGCCUGGAACAACUUCCACCCUCGGUGGACUGGCGAGAGCAAGGCGCGGUGACCGACGUGAAGGACCAGGGAGGUUGCGGGUGUUGCUGGGCGUUCGCGGCGGUGGCCGCCAUGGAAGGGCUGAACAAGAUCCGCUCUGAAAUUCUGCUGGACUUAUCGGAGCAGCAGCUUCUAGACUGCGACACCGACUCUUUUGGGUGCGCCGGCGGCUCCGUCAUGUACGCGUUCGAAUAUGCGGUGGAGAAAGGCGGCCUGGCGAUGGAGAUAGACUACCCGUACGUCGGCGUUCAGCAGACAUGCCGGGAUGCUGACGUGGACACCUUCGCCGGCAUCUCAGGCUACAGAGUCGUGCCUUGGAAUAGCGAGACGGCUCUCCGCUCCGCCGUCGCGAAGCAGCCCGUCACCAUCGUGGUGUCGUACAGUGCUGGCUUUGUUCCGUCGUUCAAGAACUACGACGGCGGAGUUUUCGUCCCCGGGCCUUCCGGUGACUGUGGAACUGGGGUGGACCACGCUAUGGUGGUUGUGGGAUACGAUACAGUUGUCCCUUUUGUUCCAUUCUGGAUUGUGAAAAACUCUUGGGGAUCAAAUUGGGGAGAGGACGGUUAUAUUCGGAUCGCGAGAGAGGGCGGUCUGUCUGGUCCUUGUAGCAUGUACCAAGAAGCCAUUUUCCCUGUUACUAGCUAGAGCAGCCCUUUCUAAUAUAAUAGCUCAUCAUACAACCAUCAUAAGCAAAAAUGAAAAAAAAAAAAAAUCCCAA